CUUCUGCAAGUCUACAACUGAAGAACACACAUCACCACGGUAACUAUCCUUGGCCAGUCUGAUCCUGUGCUUUUCCCUCAAGAGCAUCUGAGACGCGUCUGUGCCACCAUUAUCACCAGCAAACAUUUGCCUGUGAGGUAGACAUGGUGAAGUUGGGCAGUAAUCUGGUGGAGAAAUCGGAGAAGGAGCCGACUGCGGAAGAUGGCUUUGAUAACAUCCCGCUGAUCUCACCACUGGAUGUGAGUCAGCUCCAGCAGCCAUUUCCAGACAAGGUAAUCGUGAAAACAACAACGGAAUACCAGCUGCAGCAGAAGAAGAAGAAAAAAUUGUAUGUGCCAGGCAUCAAGAAGCUGAACAUAAACCUCUACGAUGAGGUGUCCGAAAAAGUCAAGCUCACUGGCCUGAUCCUCAUUACCAUGGCAUUCCUGGCCUGCCUGCUCCUCUUGGUCAUGUACAAAGCUCUGUGGUACGACCAGCUCAGCUGCCCCGAGGGCUUCGUUUUCAAGCACAAGCACUGCACCCCUGCAGCUCUUGAGAUGUACUACUCGGAGCAAGAGACGGGCUCGCGGGGGAGCCUCUACACCGCCAUCAGCCACUUAAACCAAGCCAAGAAAACCAUCCCCGAGCUGCCGUCGCCAUGGUUACCAGUCAUCAAUGCUCUGAAGGAGGCCGAGAAAGCGAAAGAGGAGGGCAGCCACCCCCAGCAAUAGGGCGCGUGUGAGCCAACCGUGUGCCCAUGUAAUUACAGCAAUGCUCAUAUCAGCAGUUGAUUAAACCUACUGAAGUGUCACAGUUGAGAAAAAAACAAACACAAAAAUCAGUAUAGUUUAGGAAUGUGCCUGAUUCAUGCUUUUCCCCCAAUUUUGAAGCUCAGCACGAAGGAGAAAGCUCCUCUGUGGAUUUGUAUGCAUGUGUACAGUAUGUGACGUGGAGGGGAGUAACCGUGAAGUGGGGACAGAGGCUUGGGUUUGUGCACAGGAGCAUAUGACAAGGAGACAUUAUUCCCACACCAGCUAGCUUUCCAUCAGGAGUCCAGAGAGGCAUCCAUAUUA